GUACAAGGGAGUGAAGCUUGCGGAACGAGCUCUCCGGUUUUAAACUGAGAUUGGUUUUAAGCAGGUAGAAAAUGGCAACGGGUAUCUAACUUAAAAGAUUCAUUUUAAAGAUGGAUUGUUGAGAAUUGUGCUGAAAAUCCCUCGAGGUAUCUGGUCAUGGAUCCAAGACGUUGGGCCCAGGAUGUGUUACUGUGUCAAAUCUGUGAGAACCCAGGCCCCCCUAUGUACUGUGACAUUUGCCACAUACACCUGUGUACAAUCUGCGUGGGGAAACACCUCACAGACCUAUCAACAGAACACAAAGUGGUGCCAUUUGCAAAUAGAGGAUUCAACCCUAUGUGCCCAAAACAUUCCUCUAAACAAUGUGAACUUCAUUGUGAACAAUGUGACAUUUCUGUUUGUGUGCUGUGUGUUUCUUCUGAAGAGCAUCGAGGUCAUGAGUUUCUGGACAUGGUGAAAGAACUUGACAACAGAAAAAAAGUCUUGGAGAUAGAUUUACGAGAAUUAGAAAAAUCAAUCUAUCCUAAGUAUUUAGAGAUUGCAUCUAACAUAUCUCUUCAGAAAGCUGAUUUAGAGGAAAACUCCGAGAAAUUGAAAACAGCUUUUAACAUGCAUGGAGAAGAUUGGCAUAGAGAAAUUGAUUCCAUGAUUAAGAAACUGAAAUCUGAUCUUGAUGAAAUGGACUCUAAACAACUGUCUGUCUUAGCUAAACAUGAAGAUGAAAUUGCACGCACCAUUUCUGAAAUCAAGCAAAGCAUUGCUAAGCUGAAGAAGUUGCUAAACUCCAAUGAUGUCAGCCUUGUCUCUGCCUACGAAUCGAGGAAUACUGAAUUCAGAAGAUUGCCUCCUAAACUCACAUUUUCCUUACCGAAUUUUACCCCUCAGAAUAUCAACAAAGAACAGAUUUAUCAACAGUUUGGUUCUUUAUCAGCGUUAUCUAUCGAAACAGAAGAUGAUUCUACUAUGGAUUCUCAAGGUGCAGGAUUCUAUCUCCUGGAAAAACCGCUCAUUGAUGAACCACAGAUUCUCACAGAAAUAAAGACAAAAUAUGGAUUUUUUAAUCAAUUGCGUUGUGUGUCAUGUAUGGGCGAUGACGAUUUAUGGAUUUGUGGUAGUGACAAAAUCAUAAGACUCUACAACAUACGUGGAGAACUAUUAAAGACUAUCACAACCAAGUCUGGAAACAAACCAGAGGACAUAGCAGUGACAGGAAAGGGCGAUCUAGUCUAUACUGAUAAGAAAGAGAGGACUAUAUAUCAAAUAGAAAAACACACCGAGAUACAGACAGUGAUCAGCUUAAGGGGAUGGAAACCUCUCGGUAUCUGUAGUACCUUCUCUGGUGACCUCUUGGUCAUUAUGGACAGCGAUGAUAAACAAUCAAAAGUUGUGCGUUACUCUGACUUCACAGAGAAACAAAGUAUUCAGUUCGAUGAUAAAGGACAACCUCUCUAUUCGUGUGGUGGCACUAAAUACAUCAGUGAGAGCAGAAACCUAGAUAUAUGUGUGUCAGACUAUGGAGCAGGCGCAGUAGUAGUGGUAAAUCAUGCCGGGAAAUUCCGAUUUACCUACACUGGUCCACCGCCCACUUACAAAAAAUCAUUUGAUCGGCCAUGCGGAAUUACUACAGACAGUCAGGGUCGCAUCCUGACAGCAGAUUGGUACAACGAUUGUAUCCACAUCCUGGAUCAGGACGGACAGUUCCUCCGCUACAUUGACAACUGUAAUUUAAAAUGCGCAUGCUACUUAAGUGUGGACAAUAAGGGCAACCUUUUUGUUGCACAGUCAUUCGGUACGGUAAAAGGAAUCCAAUAUCACAAUUUUAUGCAAAAAUAACGUUUCCAUAAAAGUAAAUUGUCAACAAUCUUGCCACAGGUUCGACGCUGUGUACAUUUUUAGAUUUUGCCAUUUUAUCAAAGUAUAAAAGGACAACAUUAUGCUGUAAAAACUGGCGAAUCGUGUAGAAAACAGAUAAAUAACAUUAUUACUCCUGCGUGUUACUAUUCUUUCCCUUAAAGCUGAACACCGCUCGUAAAUAGGCACUGUCCGCCAUAUUUCUCUUUAAUCACUGCUGUCCCUACAACCCUUAUAUAAGAGACAGACCUCUAAACAUUUCAAAGUACUUCGCUGUAGAGGUCUCACCUGUGUGGACGUACAUUUUGCCUUGCCAUGUCGGUCGCGAUGAAAUUAUCAAAUUUUACGCACUUUUUGAAGCCAGGAGAAUACUAACAUCAAAUAAAUUGGUCAAUGCAUUAUUUACGAACAGAAAAUGAACAUAAGAUAAGAAAAAAAUGCAUAAAAUCUAAAGACCACGAAAGGAAUACUACAUGUCGGCCACGAGGUUCAGGUGUGCAAUCGGGUGUAACGAAAUCGAAGGGUUUAUAUACCAGGUAUCUGUGUGAUGGUGCCUAUUUACGAGCGGUGUUCAGCUUUAAGGUGGCAGGGGACAGAUUCGCAGGAAAAUAUUUUCAAAAACUUUGAAAUAAGAAGAGGCUAUGGAGUUUUGCUGGUUUUCUGGGAGAAUAUAAAUUGCUAGAAUACAUAUUGCAUUCAUUUUGAUUAGGUUGGUUAGAGAAGCUCGUGUUCAUGUUAUUGAUACAUGACACUUCAGUACUGAUAGCACUUUUCGUUAGAUAUGGAAUAAAAAUGUUCACUUACGGUUUUGUACUUUAAAAAAUGGGUGGGUUCAGAACACGAAAUGAUACUCGAAGGGAAUGUGAUAGACCCCUCCUUCAAUAAAUGGCGAUUAAUGCACGGGUAUACAUUAACCUAUAUAUUAUAUGGUAGUGUAUGGGAGUUGCUUAGAACAGGAACGUGUUGCUGGACCCGUGAAAAUGUGUAAAAGGUCCAAUGAUUCAAGAAAUUUUGAGAUCGUUUCUGGCUGUUCUAUUUAGUGUGAUAUGAUAGUUGUACUUGUUUCAUUAUGAACUGUCUAAACAUUCUACAGUGUGUCACCUGCAUGUAAACCAAUUUUAGCAAAUUAAAAAUCCACUGAAAAAUUAGAUCAAAUUAUAUGAGCACUGUCUGCUUCACAUUUCCUCGACAAAUAGUAAGGUCAACGAGUUGGGUCCUAACCACACGUAAUCAAUCUUAAAUUGUCUAGACGGUGUCAUUUUGUCUUAAAAGUACUGGAUAAUUUAAUUGACCAAAAUUUCAUAUAACAAAUGUAUGGUUUCUCCAGAACAUUACCAGAACAUGUGUCAUACUGUAAUAAACAGCCUUAGAGUUAUGUGUCAGUUGAAAUAAUAACCCAGGACAUCGGGGGCAAAUAUGCUGAUAUAUCGUGCGAGAGGUCGAUAAGGGAGUGGAAUGUCGUAAUACACCGUAUCAACACCGUAUCAACAAUAUUAGAUAGGGGCAACGUGUAUAAUAAACGCAAAUAAAGUGAUUUUGUGUGUGUAUAUUUUAUGUCAAUGAUAAGUGUGAGCAAAAAAUACUUAUUGUUUUAUGUAGCUAUGUAAUAACAAUGAUUUAUUGUAUGGUUUAUAGUAUUUACAGUUAUAUCUAUUACUUUUUGAAUAUUAAUAAAAUUUGUUUAGAAUUACUUCCUGAGAAAAUAAGAUUAAUGCGUUCAUUCUUUAAAAUUUUGUAGAAGUAAAUUCUAAAAUGUUUUAGAGAAAAAAGUUGUUUGUGGUUAACCUAAUGUAAUACCACAGUACUGAUACAUUCCUUUGUUUGAAUUUUUCUAUAUCAAAUUAAAAUUUUUAAAUUUUUAUAAAGAAAUUGAUGUAGUGGAUUAUUAAAGAAUCUAAGAACAACUGGAUUUAUCUUUACAUAUGUAUACAAUAUAUUUAGGGGUGAACUGAUGUUAUUUUCUGAAGAAAUUAUUAUAUUCUAUUUUGUGAGUUUUAAUAUCAUUAACCAUUUUAUUUGUUACAUUCAUUAUACAUUUUUACAUUACCUUCAUUGUAUGUUCAUUCUUCCUUUAAAAAUUGACAAAGUAUGAUUGAAAAAUAUCUUUUAAAUCGGUGGUUGUCCAGAUCAAAAUUUUGCAAUUUGGCAAAUUUCUUUUUGAAAUAAAUGUAAUGUCAAGAUUCUAUGUUAAUUAAAAAAUUAAAAUAACCAUUUUUCGAUUUAGCUUUUUAGUCAUGAAAUAAAUGAUAACUUAUUGUGA